CGCCGCGUCCUCCGGGAGGGACACUCGGGUCCUGCGCGGUGGGAGACGCUCAAUUAGCCGCUAAUUAGGAGCCUCCGGCCGGACUCUGAGGGCGAUUCAUCACGGUGCUUAACGACGGCGGGGGAAGGAAAAAAAAAAGAAAAAGAAAACCUGGACAACAAACCGCGGACUCGAGCUGUUGGAGACAUAAACUGGGCGUCGGGAGGACUCGGGCGAACAUGUCGGAAAGCGCCGGUUGCGAGUUCGAAAUCGACGUGGAGAGUCUGGAGGCGGAGGGCGACGAGCCGCUCGCCGCCGCCCGCGGCGACGACGACGAAGCGGACGGCGGCCCCGCGGCGGCCGCCCAGGACCGGCCGGGCCCCGGGGGCCCGUGUGCGGGGGACCAGAGGAAGCUGAGCCGGACGCCGAAGUGCGCCCGCUGCCGCAACCACGGCGUGGUGUCCUGCCUGAAGGGACACAAGCGCUUCUGCCGCUGGCGGGACUGCCAGUGCGCCAACUGCCUGCUGGUGGUGGAGCGGCAGCGGGUGAUGGCGGCGCAGGUGGCGCUGAGGAGGCAGCAGGCCACGGAGGAUAAGAAAGGAAUAUCGGGGAAGGCGAUCCCAGCGGAGAGGAGGACGAUUUAUCAGCGGCACAUUCGACCGUCCACCAUGCUCGCCAAAAGCAUCCUGGAAGGAUACCGCCCGGUGCAGUCGGACCCGUUCCUCGCGGCCAACGCGGCCCUCCCCCCGCCGCUGAGCGACCGCAUGAGGAAGAGGAGGGCCUUCGCCGACAAGGAGCUGGAGACCAUCAUGCUGGAGCGCGAGUACAAGGAGCGGGAGCUGCUGGAGGCCGGCCAGGCGGCCUCGCUCCUCUUCCCCGGCGCCGUGACUCACCACCACCACCGUCACCGCGCCGCCGCCGCCGCCGAGUACAACUACAAGACGUCCUACUCGCCGGCGCCUCCGGCCGAGGCUCCGCCCAAAGAGCUGUGCGGCUUCCUGGGGCCCAACUGCCUGGACCUGUCCAUGCCGUACCCGGCCGGCUCGGCCAACGUGGAGCUCAUCUCCUCCAACGUCAGCGUGGCCACCACCUACCGCCACUACCCGCUGCAGCCGGCACGCGGCAGCGGCGGCGGCGGCGGCGGCGGCUUCAUGAUGUGGCCCCGCGGGGCGGCCAACCUGGGCGACGCCCUGCUCUACCAGCAGUGCCUGUUCAACGCGGCGGCGGGGCCCGGCGCGAAGCCGGCGUGGGAGCAGAAGGAGAGCCAGCCGCCGGAGCGGGAGGCCGAGGCCGAGGGGCCCCGAGCAGCUGCGGCGCUCCCGCCGGCGGACCCUCAGCGGGCGGACGGCAAAGCCCCCGGCGUGGGGCGGGGUGUUGGGCCGGGGGGCCAGCGAGAGCGCUCGGCCUUCUCCCCGCCCAACAGGAGCUUCGGACAAUCCUUCCCCGGCAACUGUCACUCCCAGAACUCGGGCCAGCUGCCCAACAAGCCGAGCAAGGACAGCGGCAAGCUGUCCGUGAGGCUCAACUCGUUCCACUCCCUCAUCCAGCACUCGCUGGGGGAGAAGGCCGGCGGCGGCGGCGGCGGCGGCGGGGCCGGGCUGGAGCUCCGGGGCCCGUACUGCAGGGAGCUCCUGGAGGAGGCCGCCCGGAAGUUCAGGGAGGGCUCCGCCAAGGACGUUCAGGCGGCGAAGAUCGCCGACAGGUACGGCAAAGACUUUCUGCACAAGCCCGUGGGGAGCAAGGUGGCGUCCGGCGAGGGUCUGUCCUUCUCCGUGGAGGCCAUACUGAAGAGACCCGCGCCCGCCAUGAGUCGAGCAUUCCAUUGAUUUCCAUUAAGAGUCUUUUCUUGCACUAUAAACGUCAGGUUGGUCUCAUCGGAGGGCGUCUCAAGUUGUGGUUUUUGGGGUCAAACUUAAUCUUAAACACACAGGCACUGCGUUAGAAGAUAGAAGAUUUGUUCUUCCGAUGGAGUAUUUAUGUACAGUAUAUUAUAUUUUCCACCUGCAUGUUUUAAUAACUUUAUUCUGUAGAGUAUUUAAACAUUAUCCCAAUGUUUUCCUCAUGUCAAUAAACUUUAAAAGACUGAACUCUUUCCAUAAAA